AUGGGAAAUAAUUUUUGUUUAGGGAAACGUUCUUUUAAGAAAAAAAAUGAGAUUGAGCAUUAAAUGUUUAUAUAAGAAAUAGAUUAUCAACUUGAUAAAUUAAAGGAAAUACCUUAUAAAUAAUAUAAACAUCCAGAAUAUGAGAAAAAAACGAUUAUUGAUUUACUUUAAGUAAUUGAUAUAAAGAGCACUCGUUAAUCAAUUAUAGAGCCAGAAUAAGAAAAAGAAGUUGUAAAGGUUGAUGAAAUAAAACCAGAUGAAUUUAACUAAUAUUAGGAACUUGGAAAAGAGAUAAUAACAUAAAUUUAAUAAAAAAUUUAGGAGUUUCCAUUAAAUGAGAAAAAUUGGAGUUUAUUGUUAGAUGAUACAAAAAGCCCUCAUUUUUUAAAAUUAUAUAUAAGAUAAGUAUAAUUACCAGAUGGAAAUAAAAUUAAUGUUACUUUUAGUUAAUUUAUAGUUCCAUGUAAAAGUGAAAAGUUUAUAUAAUUUAUGGGAGAUUUUAAAGAUUAAAUAAAACUUGAUAAUAGGAUCGAUUAAUUUAAAUGUAUAAAAAAGCAUCCAGAAAAACAAGAACAACUUAUAUAUUUAAGUUAUAAAAGUGUUUCAAUUGUAUCAGCAAGAGAUUUUGUUUACUUUAAAAAAACAGAAUAAAUUAAUAAAGAUAAUGAUAUUUGGUGUGAUGCUAGCAGAUCUAUUAUUGAUAAUUCAAUAUGUCCUAUAUAAAAUAAAAUUGUGAGAGGAAAUAUAGAAUUAAGUGGAUAUAUAAUCCAACCUCUAAAAAAUGUAAUGAAAUAGGAGUAUUUUUCUUAGAGGUUAUAUUAAACAUUAGUUUUUAAGGUUCUCAACAAUAGUUUUUAAAGUUGA